AUGCAGCUCACUACAACUCUUCUGGUCCGUAUUGGCAUGAUCGCGCUUGCCUUGGGUGCACGUGCCGACACGGACACGCAGUCCUCCUCGAUCAGCUCGACUGCCUUCUGGAUAGACACACCGACGCAGAAGUACCACUGUGAGGGAAGGGAUGUCAUCCAUUGCGAGACGACUGUCGGAGGUACCUGUUUCACUGUCGAUACCUGCGAGGAGUACUGCUUCAAGCACGACAAUGGCGCCGCAUGCGUCGACAUGGGCGCGACCGCGUAUACUUCUGAUAACAUCGACUAUCUUGCAUCGGAAGUCCUAGAUUCUACACCCGAAGAUGACUUUGCUGCGCGAGAUACUUCACCUCAAGAGAACGAGCACUAUAUUUGUUCCAAGGAUCGAAGGAGUAUUCUUGUCUGCAGGUACGGCUUCUGUUCCUCGGAUUACUACUGCAAAAGCAAUGAGAAGUGCAGUGACGAUUCUGUCUCUUGCAGGAGCACAUUGAUCUCCGGCGCGCCUGGCAGCAAGUCGGUCAUUCGUACCGUGGUCGAAGGAAUCAAGGAUACCGCUCUCAAGCUCGGCACAAGGAAUCAGAGCUCCUACAUGUGCUCUAAAGAUCGCGCCAGUGUUCUGAAGUGCGUGUAUGGCUUCUGCGCUACUCACUAUUACUGCGCGAAGGGCAGUCCAUGUAUCGACAACCCUGCUCGUUCCAAAUUGGCUACAGCGUAUAUUGCGCUCACAUCUAUUCUAUUGUCGACAGAGGUAGAGAGGCUCGCGCGUGGCGAAACAUGCUGUCUUGAGCAUGGUACUGGGCUGGGGAUGACGGAAGGCGUAUACCAGGGCCUCUCAAACAAGUAA